CUGUCAAUCUGUCAAUAAUGGCAUCUGUGAAUGGCAUCAAAUGUGCAUCAAAUCAAAUUUAUUUUUGCAUUUGUUCAUUAUAAAAUUCGGAAAUUUAUAGCGGUGAUUUAUAGAAACAAAAUGAAAAAAGAAAAGUUCACAACAGAAGGCUUGUAGUGCUUCAAUUAACACCUUUUCAGUAUUGUGUCAUGCAUUGUACUUACUGUGCUAAAUGAAAAUGGCUCAAAAUAUAAAGGAUUUGUGUCGACUCUGUGCUAAAGGCGAAGGAUUUACCAAAGAUUUGAUAGAUGAUUGUAAUAAGAAUAUUCUCAAAAUGAUACAGGAAUAUGUACAUAUAUCCAUAAAUGAAAAUGAUAAUUUACCCACAAAGGUGUGUUUAAAUUGUGAGGAGAGAGUAGUAUCAUUUGAGCUGUUUGUCUUAGAAUGUCUGAAAGUGCAGGAUACAUUGAAGAAAAUGUGUUUAGGUGCAUGUGAAGUAAUGCCCAUUAAGUUCGAAGAUGGAAUGAUUGAGUUUGGAAUACCACCAAUCAAGUCUGAGGUUAAAGUAGAAAUGAUGCCAGAAGAAUUAGUAAAUGUUAUAAAUAAUGAAGAACCAUUUGGAGAUGAUUAUGAAGACGAUGACUACAGAAACAGUGACACAAAACUAGACAGUGACAGUGAUCUUAGCGAUGUUGUGACAUUAGCAACACUUAAAAAAACAAAGACGAAAAAGAGUAAACGAAAGCAAAUAAGUGAACAAGAGAAAAUAGAGUUUAAGAACAUACUCAAGAAAUCCAACUUGAAUGUUAAAGAUUUUGUCAAACUAGAAUGUAAUAUGUGUGAAGAAGCCAUGUCAACGUGGAGCGCUUUAAGAGUUCAUUACGCCAAAGUACACAAAAGCAAGCCCAUGGUGUUUUGUCUGUGCGGCUUUAUCAUCCGGUCUAAAAGUGUUCUUUACAAACAUGUAUCAGAUCACCGAAUAGAAAGUCGUAAACUUAAAAAAAAUGACUCUGAUUCCGAAAAAACUGAAGAAUCAAAGUAUUCAAGUUUAAAUGUCAAUGAUUUUGUAAAUUUCACAUGCACAUACUGUCAGAAGGAAUGCACAAGCUGGUACAGUUUGAAGUCCCAUUGCGAAGGAAAACACAACACAACGCCAGUGGUUCGCUGUAGCUGUGGCAUUACCUUAAAAUCUAAAUCUGUUCUUUACAAGCAUGUCCAGGAUCACAAGAAUCCCAAUGUCAUCUGUUGUGAUAAAUGCCCACGUAUAACUAAAACGGAAGCAGCAAUGAACAAACACAAAAUGAGGCAUGUACCAAAGUCUGAAAGAAAGUUCUGUUGUUCUGCGUGCGAUAAAGUGUUCAACUCUAAGGACAUGCUCAAAUCACACGAAAGGUCGCACAUACCGAUUGAAGAAAGGAAAAUAUACCGAUGUGAAAUAUGUGAUCUGAAAUUCACGACUCGGUCGUCAGCAGCGUCGCAUAAGCGCGUAGUGCACGAGAAAAUCAAGAGCUACGUAUGCGACCUGUGCGGCUACGCGUGCGGCACCAACGGCGAGCUGCGGCAGCACCGCGCCAUACACAGCGACGACAAGCCCUUCGUCUGCAGGACCUGCUCCAAGCCAUUCAAAACGUACUCGAAUCUGAAGACGCACAUGGACACGCACGAGGACACGUCGUACGUGUGCUUCGUGUGCAGCCGCGUGCUCAACAGCCGCCGCACGCUGCGCAAGCACCUGCUGGUGCACGAGGACAAGUGCCGCCACGUGUGCUCCUACUGUAACAAGGCCUUCAAGCGCAGGCAGACGCUCAAGGUGCACAUGUACACGCACACGGGCGACAAGCCGCUCACGUGCAAGUGGUGUGAUGAGCGCUUUUCAUACGCGUCCACACUGCGCUCGCACCGCCUGCGCUGCCAUCCCGACAAGAUGGCCGUGCAGUACUCCUCCUACAACACGCACGUCGUCAUGCAAGAGGGAUUUAUAAAAAACGACAUGCCUCUGAACAUUGCGAAAACCGACGUGGAUGCUAUUCAAUAAUAUUUGUAUUAUUUAUAAUCUAUAUCAUAAUAAUUAUUAUUUAUCAUUAGAAAAAAUAUUGUCUCCCAGAUAGUCUUAAGAAGUAUUAAUCAUGAUUUUUUGUUUAAUAAACAAGUAUCAUUUU